UUCUUAUAAAAGCACCCGUGUCGCAGAAACGAUGGACAGUGGUGUUCAACGACGACAGAUGAGAAAAAAUCGGUGCGAUUGUUAACGAGACGUCAGUCGGACCAUAAACAAUAAUUGCGAGUACGGGAAAGAAUGGCCUGCCUGAAGAUUUACCUUGUUCUGCUCUUAGCCGUUGCAAUCGGCGUGGCAGUUGCAAAACCGGGAUAUUUAGGCUACGGAUAUGGUUUCUAUCCGUAUGCCUAUGGAUAUAGGUUCCCAUUCUAUGGCUAUGGUCACGGGUACGGACAUGGAUACGGACAUGGAUACGGCUACGGCGGAUACGGAUUUGGUGGUUAUGGUGGCUACGGUGGUUAUGGCUACCACGGUUAACAUGGACACAUUAAAAUGGAUAUAAAACAACGGCCUCCUUCUGGAUUUUUUCUCCGAAAUACCAUCUGAAGAGUGAGCUUAGUUCAAAGAUGAUCUACAUCGUUUUCUUCCUACUGCAUCUCUUUGUCGCCGAGAUUGAUUUAAUGCCGCGAAGAAUAUGUUUAUUUAUGUAACGCUUCUGUCAGAUGCUUGUGCACGCAAUAUACGUCUACGAUAAAAUUCUAAAAAAAAGUAAAUAAUAAUAGUAAGGACAGAGUUUGUUUAAAAAAAAUAUAUAAAAUCACAGUGUUGCAAAAUAUAUUCGUAUGUUAUAAAUAUGAUAUUAUCAGGUAUGUGAAUACGUAUUUAAAAGAAUAAAUCGUCAUUUAUUAUUAAAAACGUUCAAUUUUACUAAUGUUGUUUUCAGAAGUUUUAAAUUGUAACGAUUAAUUAGAAAUAGUUAAUUAGCAAUUAUUAUUGUCAUAACAACUUUAAUUUUAAUGCUAAAUAAAGUAAAUAAAUAAUUAUAACGCAA